AUCAUUAUAUUAUUGAGAGAGAACGAAAGAAAAGUGAAGAAGAUGAGUAGUGAAGGAAGAGGGAAAGAUAAGACGGUGUGUGUGACAGGAGCUUCUGGUUAUAUCGCUUCAUGGCUUGUAAAACUAUUGCUUCACCGUGGUUACACCGUCCAUGCCACUGUUCGCGAUCUAAAUGAUUCAAAAAAGGUGAAGCAUUUGAUGGAAUUAGAGGGAGCAAAAGAGAGGCUUCGCCUAUUUAAAGCAGAUUUAAUUGAAGAGGGUUCCUUUGAUUCUGCCUUUUCUGGAUGCCAAGGUGUUUUUCAUACUGCUUCUCCUGUCAAUUUCAGUGUCAAAAAUCCUCAGGUUGAAGUACUUGAUCCAGCAGUGAAGGGAACCCUGAAUGUUCUUAAUGCUUGUACAAGAGUUUCUUCUGUUAGAAGAGUAUUUUUCACUUCUUCCCUCGCAACAGUACUAUUUACCGGUAUACCGCUAGCGCCCGACGUGGUGGUUGAUGAAAGUUGGUUCUCUAAACCACAAUUAACUAGCAUAUUCCCUAACAUGAUGUGGUAUUUGAUAUCAAAAAUUUUGGCCGAAGAGGCUGCGUGGAAGUUUGCCAAAGACCAUGAUCUUGAUUUGGUUACAAUUAAUCCAGGCAUGGUGAUAGGUCCUAUGUUGCAGCCGACUCUUAAUGAAACCGUGGCUCUAAUUUUCAAUUUGAUCAACGGGGCACAAACGUAUCCAAAUGAGGCAUUACCAUGGGUGCACAUCCAAGAUGUCGCGGAAGCUCACAUUCGUGCAUUUGAGCUCCCUUCUGCCAAAGGAAGGUACAUUUUAGUCGAAAGUGUGGCUCAUUACUCAGAGAUCGUCAAGUUGUUACAUGAUAUCUACCCUUCUAUUCAACUUCCUGAAAAGUGUGUAGAUGAUGAACCAUUGGCAAAAACAUUCCAGGUUUCGAAAGCUAAAGCUGAAAGCCUUGGCAUACAAUAUAUUCCUCUUAAAGACAGUGUUAAGGAUACUGUUGAAAAGCUCAGGGAGAAGAAGUUGAUUGAUAUUCCUAGUGCUACUUAAUUUGGAUCUCAUUGCUGGAGGAAUUGAAUGAAAAUGUUACAUUUUGCAUCAUAGAAGUUACAGUAAUAUUACAAUUAUAUUGUUGAAUUAUUCAAAAUUGUUUAUUAUUCUGUAAAAUGAAUUACAUUAAGAAAAUGUUACUUGUGUAGCAAAUUAAAUGUACGUAUGUGGUAAGUUUUUUUUUUUCAAGAUAAGAUGGAAGACCUUAUUGAACCGGCAUCUCUCACAAGUUUAGUCAGUCUAGCUCCGCAGGUCACACUUGAAAGUAGAGGAGAGGUAAGAGAAUCCCCUACGUACUCCCAAGCAUUUUAUAGUUGG